GUUGCAGGCCGUUGGUGAGGGAGGCGGACAACUCGACUACACGGACAACUCACAAGAGACAACUCGACUACCUAGAGGCCUGGCUUGUAGUAGACUGCAGUGAAAUAAAUGCCGUAUUUGUUAGUGAGCACACUGGUUCGAUUAGAAAUUGGACCGACAAUUGUUGGAGAUGAACAGUCUGAUCCAGACUUGAUGACGAAGAUAGGUGCUGUGUUGGGGCAACAGAAAGGAUGUCCUUUCAAAGAAUACACAGUCCCUGACCCUCCUCGAAUUGUACUGAACAAAUUGGAAAAGUUGGGAUAUUCUGUAAUAAAUACAAGCGGCAUUGGACAAACUAUUGUUUGGACAUUACAUAAGCCAAUUUCUGAGUGAUAAAUUUCAAUGUUUGGGGGAUAGAUAACUUGAUCAUGCUGUCUAAUUUGAUUAGCUGUGAGUGGCUGUAUUUCGGUUUACUUACAAUCGAUUAAUUUAUGCCAUCAACUGUUACAUAUGUAUGCAUUUCUCUCGGAGAUAUCAGUAAAUGGCUUUGAUUAAAAUUGUUUUAUUUGUCAAAAAUAUUUGGAUUGUGUGGUACUGAUUCAAUCAUUCAUUUUUAAAUGUGCAAUUGUAAUAUAUGAUGUUAUGUGCAACAAAAAAAGUGGUAAAAUGA